CCCAUGAUUCAUUUCGAAAAGAAUAGGUCCUAGUUAUUUGUAUCCAUAGGGGCUUUGGAAGUGUACUGGCGGUAAUAAUAACGCUUGUAUUUAGCGUUGCAUUUUUGUGUAUACCGUAUUUAAUGGCAUUUUAUUUGGGAAGUCUAUAAUAUUAUCGGACGGUGGCUUUUAUUAUACACUUGACUGUAGGUUUCUAGAUAACUGAGGAUGUCGUACCCUCCUCCGCUUAACCACCAGCAAAUUGGCAUCCCACAGUUACCCCCGAGGAUCCCCCCGCCACAAUAUGGGGGGUUUGCACCGACAGUCCCGCCAGGUACUCCCAUGAUCCCAGUUCAUAUGGGUGUAGUAACCCCCACACCCACAGUUCUUGUCCCGACCACAGUUGCUGUAGCACAGAAGCUGAUGGCUCCAAAGAAGGAGACUGGCUCCAUCAGAGCCAAGGAUGCAGAGGACGGCAAUGGUCCCACCACCACAGUAUUUGUAGGGAACAUCUCUGAAAAGGCAUCUGACAUGUUGGUCAGACAGCUGUUAGCGAAAUGUGGCAUUGUUCUAAGCUGGAAAAGGGUCCAAGGUGCCUCUGGGAAACUUCAAGCUUUCGGGUUUUGUGAAUAUAAGGAGCCUGAAUCAACGCUGCGAGCCCUCAGACUUCUACACGAGUUGCUCUUAGGUGAUAAGAAGCUGUUGGUCAAGGUAGAUGCCAAGACCAAGGCCCAGCUAGAUGAGUGGAAGGCCAGGAAGAGGAGUGCCAGUGGGGUAGUCACCGGUGGGUCAAAGAAUGGGGACGAAGAUGAGGAGGAGGUUCUUGAUGAAGAAACCGUGCGUCGGGACCAGGUUGCGAAAGGAGCAAUAGAUGUCCUCAUCCGAGAAUAUGCAAGUGAGCUCAAUGCUCCCUCGCAGGAUCCUGACAGUCAACCUCGCAACAAGAAGCGGAAAGAGAAGAAAGAGGAGGAGGAUAUCAAUGCCAUGGAGUUGGAGGAUGACAAGAGAGACUUGAUUUCCAGAGAGAUCAGUAAAUUCCGGGACACACACAAGAAACUGGAGGAGGAAAAAGGAAAGAAAGAAAAGGAGCGACUGGAGCUGGAGAGGGAAAGGAAAGAGAGGGACAAAGAGCGGGAGCGUGAGAGGGAACGACGCGACCGCGAGAAAGAGAAGGAAAGGGAGAGAGAGAGGGACAAGGAGCGGGAAAGAGACCGUGAUCGAGAUCGUGAACGCGAGAGAGAUCGUGAACGGGAGAGGACAAAAGAGCGAGAGAGGGAGCGGGAAAGGAGCCAAGACAUUAAUGAAGGCCGCAGCAGAUCGAGAGAGACGACAAGGGAGGAUAAAAAAAGAGACCGUGAAGAAGAUGAGGAAGACAUCUACGAACGGAGAAGACUAGAGAGGAGGCUUCGAGACAAAGAGGCAGCUUACCAAGAACGUCUUAAAAACUGGGAGAUCCGGGAGAGGAAGAAGGCUCGUGACUAUAGCAAAGAAACAGAGAGGGAGGAUGAGCGGCGUCGUGAAAUGAUGAAAGAAGCCAAAAGGCUGAAAGAAUUCCUUGAAGAUUACGACGAUGACAGAGAUGACCCUAAAUACUACAGGGGGAGCGCUUUGCAGAAGCGACUUCGUGACCGUGAAAAGGAAAUAGAAUUGGAUGAGCGAGACCGAAAGAGAGAGAAGGAGGAGCUGGAGGAGAUCAGACAGAGGCUUCUGGCUGAGGGCCACCCUGACCCUGAUGCUGAGCUGCAGAGGAUGGAAGAAGAGGCAGCGCGCAGACAGCAGCCCCCUCUGAAGCUUGAACCCGAGGAGGAUGUGAACCAGGAGAAGACUCACAAGGAUCGGGAGAAGAGGGGCUCAGGAAGGCCCGUGGAGCCAACACCUCGAAGUCCCCAACAGCAUUCAGAUGAAGAUGUGGAGGAAGGACAGGAGGAUGACUACCACCAUGGCGAGGACUCACAAGAAGCUAAGCCACAACUCAAACCCGUUAUGCGACCAAUCACUACUGCUCCCUCAGUGUCCUCGGCCAGCGGAAAUGCGACUCCCAACACACCCGGUAAUGAAUCUCCCUGCGGCAUCAUCAUUCCAGGCGAGAACACUCCUGAGGUCCAACCUCUAGAGGAGCACCGGCCCAAAAUUGGUCUCAGUCUGAAGCUGGGUGCCACCAACAGUCCCAGCCAGCUCAGUGCAGGAAAGCGAAAGAAGCUGGUGACCGUAGACAGUGUUUUCAACAAAUUUGAUGACGAGGAGGCUGAUGAGCAGCCUCGUAAAAGGAAACUGGUUCCACUGGACUAUGGUGAUGACGAUAAGAGUCUGGGGCUGGAUGGGGCAGAAAUUUCAGGGGCCAAAGGCAGCAUCAACUCAGAGGAGAAACGUAAGAACAUAAAGAGCCUCAUUGAGAAGAUUCCCACUGCCAGGCCUGAGCUCUUCUCCUACCCUCUGGACUGGACCAUGGUUGAUUCGAUUCUGAUGGAUCGCCGCAUUAGACCAUGGAUCAAUAAGAAGAUUAUUGAAUAUAUCGGUGAAGAGGAGCCCACUCUAGUUGAUUUUGUCUGUUCAAAGGUGAUGGCACAUAGUACACCUCAAGGUAUUCUUGAUGAUGUCGCUAUGGUCCUCGAUGAAGAAGCAGAAGUCUUCAUUGUGAAAAUGUGGAGGCUGUUGAUAUAUGAAACAGAAGCCAAAAAGAUUGGACUGGUGAAGUAAAGACUGCUCUGACUUUCUCAGCUCUGCUACCUGCAGUUUUCUGGUCCAGCAGACCUGUAAACAUAUGCCCCUCCAUUCCUCCAGCAAGGAGCUCCUGCCUUGUAUGAGCGAGUGUUUGGGAGGGGAGGUCUGAGCUGUGAACAGAAAUGUUUGCACAAACACACUGCAUGAUAAAAUGUCAGUUGUAUUCUUUUUCCUUUGUUGAUGCUGUUGAGGCAAAAGACAAAGUUGCAAAUCACCAAUCUAUAUUCUGCUUUGACUUACAGUUGUCAUGUUGACACUUCCGUUGUGUGAACUAAUAAAUAUACAUUUUUCUUUUUAAA